AUGAGUGGCACGCCGGGCUCCAAUGGCUCCCAUAGCCCCGGGCUAUUCAUCCCGGCGGUCAAAAUCGGUGCUGUGACCGGUACCGCUGGUCUACUUUAUGGCGCCACCUCUGGUGUCUUGAAAUUACAUCGCCAUCCAGUCAUCCACUCGAUAUCAACCGGAGUCCACUGGUUUGCCUUUGGAACCUCGUUUUGGUGGUUAAGAAGCAACAUACUGAGGAUUCAAUUCGAAGAGAAUCCCACUUCGAAGGAGCGCGCGUACGCGAGUGCUGUUGCCGGAGGUGUCUCGGGCGGUGCCGUAACAUGGGCUAUUCACCGGCGUUUCAUCCCCGGCCUGGUGGUUUUUUCCCUUUUAGGCUACCUGGGGCAGCUAUCUUAUAACGUUGCCGAUAGAUGGCACACCCAGAUAGCAGGGCUCCCCAAAAAAUCAUUGGCAGAUCGUGUUGCCGAGUCAAAAUGGAUGCCCAUUAAAGUAUUAACAGAUGAAAAGUACAAAGCCAUGUUGAACGAAAAAUUGCUCGGUGUGGAAGUGGAGAUUGCUUUGAUCGAUGAUCGGAUCAAGGAGCUCCGUGAGUCCCAAUUAUCUGACAAGCAAUAG